UCACAGGGCCACCAGCCAGCCUCUUUCAGCCUCCCCGCCGCCCCGGCCUGGGAACUGUUGGAAAACCGAUCCGUCUUUUAGCUAAUCAUUUCCAAGUGCAGAUUCCUAAAAUUGAUGUUUAUCAUUACGAUGUGGAUAUCAAACCAGAAAAACGUCCCCGGAGGGUGAACAGGGAGGUGGUGGAUACUAUGGUGAGACACUUCAAGAUGCAGAUAUUUGGGGAUCGGCAACCUGGGUAUGAUGGUAAAAGGAACAUGUACACUGCGCAUCCUCUGCCUAUUGGUAGGGAUAGGGUGGAUAUGGAGGUCACGCUGCCAGGGGAAGGGAAAGACCAAACCUUUAAAGUGUCCGUUCAGUGGGUGUCGGUGGUCAGCCUUCAGCUGCUCCUGGAAGCUUUGGCGGGGCAUCUAAAUGAAGUCCCAGAAGACUCUGUACAGGCACUUGAUGUCAUCACACGGCAUCUGCCCUCUAUGAGAUACACCCCGGUGGGCCGUUCCUUCUUCUCUCCCCCUGAAGGAUACUAUCACCCCUUGGGAGGCGGCAGGGAAGUCUGGUUUGGAUUCCACCAGUCUGUCAGGCCGGCGAUGUGGAAUAUGAUGCUCAACAUAGAUGUAUCAGCUACUGCAUUCUAUCGUGCCCAGCCAAUUAUUGAGUUCAUGUGUGAGGUCUUGGAUAUUCAGAACAUCAAUGAACAAACAAAACCCCUUACGGAUUCCCAGCGUGUUAAAUUUACCAAAGAAAUCAGAGGUCUAAAAGUAGAGGUUACACACUGUGGUCAGAUGAAGAGAAAAUAUAGAGUUUGCAAUGUUACUAGGCGACCAGCCAGCCACCAGACGUUCCCACUGCAGUUGGAAAAUGGACAGGCUAUGGAGUGCACAGUAGCUCAGUAUUUUAAACAGAAGUACAGCCUGCAGCUGAAAUACCCCCAUCUUCCGUGUCUGCAAGUGGGACAGGAGCAGAAACAUACAUAUUUACCCCUUGAGGUAUGUAAUAUAGUGGCAGGCCAGCGUUGUAUCAAGAAGCUAACAGACAAUCAGACAUCAACUAUGAUCAAGGCCACAGCGCGGUCUGCACCCGACAGGCAGGAGGAAAUCAGUAGACUAGUCAAGAGUAACAGUAUGGUGGGGGGACCUGAUCCGUACCUGAAGGAGUUUGGAAUCGUUGUUCAUAAUGAGAUGACGGAGCUGACAGGUCGGGUGUUACCUGCACCGAUGCUGCAGUAUGGAGGCAGGAACAAGACCGUUGCUACACCAAACCAAGGUGUCUGGGAUAUGAGAGGAAAGCAGUUCUACGCUGGCAUUGAAAUUAAAGUUUGGGCCGUUGCCUGCUUUGCUCCUCAGAAGCAGUGCCGAGAGGACUUGUUGAAGAGUUUUACAGACCAGCUGCGCAAAAUCUCCAAGGACGCGGGGAUGCCGAUCCAGGGCCAGCCGUGCUUCUGCAAAUAUGCACAAGGUGCGGACAGCGUGGAGCCCAUGUUCAAACACUUGAAGUUGACUUACGUUGGUCUGCAGCUAAUUGUUGUGAUUCUUCCUGGAAAGACCCCUGUGUACGCUGAAGUCAAGCGUGUUGGGGACACACUUUUAGGCAUGGCCACCCAGUGUGUCCAGGUGAAAAACGUGGUCAAAACCUCUCCUCAGACUCUGUCCAACCUCUGCCUGAAGAUCAAUGCAAAACUUGGUGGAAUAAACAACGUGCUUGUACCACAUCAGAGGCCAUCUGUAUUCCAGCAGCCGGUGAUCUUUUUGGGAGCAGACGUCACUCACCCUCCUGCAGGGGACGGGAAGAAGCCCUCCAUUGCAGCCGUAGUGGGCAGCAUGGAUGGCCACCCCAGCCGCUACUGCGCAACUGUGCGAGUGCAGACCUCUCGCCAGGAGACUUCCCAAGAGCUGCUGUACAGCCAGGAAGUGAUCCAGGACUUAACCAACAUGGUGCGGGAACUGCUGAUCCAGUUCUACAAGUCUACUCGGUUCAAGCCCACGCGGAUCAUCUACUACAGGGGAGGGGUGUCAGAAGGACAAAUGAAACAGGUAGCUUGGCCAGAACUCAUUGCCAUCCGGAAGGCCUGCAUUAGUUUAGAGGAAGACUACAGGCCAGGAAUCACCUACAUCGUUGUGCAGAAAAGGCACCACACAAGGCUUUUCUGUGCUGACAAAACGGAAAGGGUGGGGAAAAGUGGCAAUGUUCCAGCAGGCACUACCGUGGACAGCACCAUCACACAUCCCUCUGAAUUUGACUUUUACCUCUGUAGCCAUGCAGGAAUUCAGGGAACGAGCCGCCCUUCUCACUAUCAAGUCUUGUGGGAUGACAACUGUUUCACUGCCGAUGAACUGCAGCUACUGACCUACCAGCUCUGUCACACUUAUGUCCGGUGCACCCGUUCGGUCUCCAUCCCUGCACCUGCAUACUACGCGAGGCUGGUCGCAUUUAGAGCAAGGUAUCACCUUGUCGACAAAGAUCACGACAGCGCUGAAGGCAGCCAUGUUUCAGGGCAGAGCAAUGGACGUGACCCUCAAGCACUGGCCAAGGCGGUACAGAUCCACCACGACACCCAGCACACGAUGUAUUUUGCCUGACGAGAAUCCGGCAAGACGAGGCCGAACGCGGUAGCCUGGUUGGGCUUGCCACCAACCAUGGUUAUUAGGGCUCGGUUCAAUUUUAGGCUGCCCACCACCAGCAGCUGGGAUGGUUGCACUGAAUCGACGCUUACAGCAACAUCAGAUGCAGACGCAAUUGAGCCAUUUUUAUUUUGUGAUUUUCAGUAGAUAGAAUUUCAUAGACAGUCUUUGCAUUGGACUGAAUUUUUACCUCAAAGCGCAAAAGGCUGAUCCUCCUCUAAGAAAUUUUUAAAGGACUUGGCAUGAAAGGUUUUUACUGAAAUAUUUUGCUAACCAAUUUUAAGUUACCUCCUUGUCCCCAUUAAGCUUAUCAAGAAGCUGAAUUAUCCUGGGCUUCUCCACGCCGCUUAGUGAGCGAGUCUCAAGAUAUGACAGAAACAUCUUACUCCACUGCUCUUCUGUGUGGGGCCAUAUAGACUUUAUAAAAACAAAAUUUUUACUGUAAACGCCUUUCGACAACCAUUAACUUUUUAGAGGUACUGCUGGUUUUUGAUUUCGGUUUCUUUUUUUCUUCCCCUCUCCCUGCUUUGUCAGGUGUUACUCGUUCUCUUUUUGUAAAUCUCUCUGCAGUCCAUGGGCUGCGGAGCAAUUGCACUACAGCUUCGCGUUCAGCUAGGUGGUUCUGUGAAUGUGUAAUGGCAGUGGAGAGCGAUGAACGCCCGUUGGCACGUCUGAGACCAUCCAGUCCUUAUGGCUGCGCGCAACUGCCAUCCUAGGGUUCAGAGCACUGAACCUCUUUCCCCCCUCUAAAAUAGGUGAUGAACUUCUCAAAGAUCAGUUUUAGAUAUUUUUCUGACAUUACAAAAGUGCCCAUUUUAUGCUGCUGUGUUUGAUGAAUUGAAAUCAUUUUUAAUACUGUUUUUCAUAGGAGGUUUUAACUUUGGCAAUAACUUUUUUUUUAAUGCGCUGACUGUAACUUUUCUAGCAAAUACUUUACAUGAGUUACAGCCAGUAUUCUUGCGUAGAUUGACUUAUCUUUGCUGAAGAGGAAAUUAGUUCUUAAAAAAGAAAAAAAAACAUUAGAAAAGGCUCCCUUCAUGCCUUUUACAAAUGAUUAUUUUUAGCUGUUUUAUAUUCACCAUUGGUCUGUCUGCCCCUUUUUUUAUAAGCUUCAAAAGUGGGUGUUAUGUAAAGGAAAGGCAUUGCCAAUAUGUACAGCUGUGUAUAGUGUGGCCGUAGCAAUCAAAUACUUUAACCAGCAUUUUUAAAAAUUUGUUUCUUUGGGAAUUUAGGUUGCCUGCAUGUACAGCAGCACUCAGUAGCAUGUGUGGAGUGUACAUUUUUAACUGUAGAUCCCUACCCCAUUUCUAUGAUUUUGGACUCCUUUAUUUGCUUGGCUAGCUUCGAUUUAAAUAUGUAAUGCAUAAAACUGGGGCAGGGGUGGGGGAACCUUCAGACAGCAGUUGUGUCGCCUUGAGACUAGCUUGUGAGUGUGAGCACAAGAUGCUUUAAAUGACUAGUUGCUAAAACUGAGACGACAUGAUGCCACUGUGAAAAAUUGGGAUUUUGUCAGUAAUUGCACUUCAAGUCUCUGAAAUGAGGAGAUAGUUUGUAGAGUCCCCGGACCUUGUGGGCCUUCAGACCUAGGCCUCCAAGUCAACAAGAUGCUAUGCGAUUUUGACUUUUCCCUUUUUUUAGGCUUUUGAAAUAAAGCUUGUAGAAACUUGGAAAGUUUACAUUUCCAGAUACGGUCCUUCAGGUGUACCAGGGUACACCUGAAGGUAGUCUUUGAAAAGCAGCUUCAGAAGCUUCCUGCCGAUCACUCGGAAGGGAAGCAAGAGCGAAGAAGCGUCCUUGGCUGUGACACGCAGUGUGGCCAGGCUUAGAUACUGAAUUACUUUAAAUAUAUUUAAGGCUCGUUUUGUUUUCCUUAAGAAUACCUCACUUGGGUAAUAAAUAUCAGGAGGUGGAGAAGGGAGAGUGACCACUGCUGCUUCUGUUAGUCUGCUUCUUUUCUCCCCACCCCACCUUUUAAAAUAUAUAUAUAUGUGUAUAUUUAUAUAUAUUUGUUCAGGGAGAAAAUGCAAGAAUCGAGCUCCUGCUGGCCCCAAACAGAUACAGAACUGAGGCACCUUGAAGAGCAUUUGAGCACCUGUUUAGUGUGUCGCGUUUUUUUAAAUAUUGCACUAGGCAUGGUCACCCCACUGUUCGUCACGAAGCACGAUCGACUGUUGAGUUGGGCUUUUAGAUCUUGGACCGGGCGGUUCUGCCGGCGAUGGAAUCCACCGGGGACGUGGUUGUGAAGUGAGUGGACUGACGAAUAAGAUUAGAAAGGCAGUGUGACUGCUGUGAGGAAAGGGCAUGUUUUUAGAGAGAGGAAAACAUUCACAGAUUAGGGGUGGGUGGGAAGAAGCAGUAUGUUCCAUAAACAAAAUGGGUGGUUAUCCUAGCACUGACUGGUCCGAGGUCAAGCAGAGAGCAGCAGCAUGUGGUGUGGGUUUUUGUUUUGUUUUGUUUUUGGUGAUUUUUUUUGUUUUUUGGUCUGUCUGGCAGUCACUCUCCUGGACACCAAGCCACCUGUUAACUAUGCUCUUUGGGUGUGGCUUCUCCUGUUCAGCUUUUGCUCCCAAAGAUCAAGGUGCAGGAGGCAAGGAUUUUGUCCUUUCCCAUGCCAUUUCCCCAUCAAGUCUUGGCCCUCAAAGCCCCAGCAAAAUUGAUUGCCAAUGGUGAUUUGCUGCCUGUUUCGUUCUUGGGUUCUGUAUUUGCCUAAAAUAAAUAAAUAAAGUGAUCCGCUAUUAACACCGUUUUUAAACUGCAUGGACAGUCGCGUGUAGGUUGUCCCCGAUUUUGCGAAGGAGAACCUUUCAGAUCACUGGAACAGCUUCACUGGCGGCCUUUUCACGAAAUGAGGCCAGGGUUAAG